AGUGAUUUCCGUUGAUCGGCCUUUUUUGUGGGGUGUAAUGACAGGAGACGGACGCGCUGAGAUACUCUUUCUACAAUCGGUCAUCCCGGAAGCGGCAAUCAACAAUAGCAACAAGAGGAUAUUGUCGCCUCUGCUCAGCCGCACCGAAGUCGAACCCGGAAAAGUCGAAGUCUCGGACAAUGCAACAGGAGAUCGCCAGGGCAAGAGCGUUUCCACUUCCCAAGGUACAACUAAUUCCUCCGAAGAUGAUGGACGUAUUAAUCCUACUCCCAGAGCACAAACAGAAGGCGGCUGCAAAAGCAAAAUUACUCCUACGGGAAGCGGUAGUGGGAAGCCCGUUGCAGCUGGCGUCGAAGGAGGUGCUUCUGAAACCCACAACGCGUCUGCGUCCCACGUGGAGAAUAUGGAAGAGGCAGAUGUUGUUCCUGGUGGGCCAGAGAGCGCGUUGAAAGGACCACGAGAUGAGCGCGAAUCUGCUGGGACGUCGGCGUCGCCUACAAGAACUCCGUCGCCGAGAUACAACAGACUUAAUGAGGAACUGGCUUGCAACAAAUGUGGGACAUCGAAUUUCACGAGCAGAAAGGAAGAGGGGCUUCCCAUAGUUGCCAAGUAUACAAUGGAGUUGUAUUGUAUGGAGUGUUUUCAAAAGAUUCCGCUUUCCUCUAUAGAACGCGCGAAGCAUUUUUGCCGAUUGAUAGACUUUGAGCCCGGAUCGCACAAUGAGGCGACUUUGACUCCUCGAAAGAAUCUAGGAGCACGGUUGGAAGUAGACUACUCUAGGAGCUCUGGCACAAGAACUCCUACUAGAAGCAGCAGCGUGGAGCAAGAAGAAGAAGAAGUUGUGGAAGAUGCUCAUAUUUGCCAGGAGCAGCGCAGUAAGAAACAAAUCCGUGAUCGUCGUCUUACAAAACGAACAAAUUUGAUGACCCCACAAGAACAAAAAAGUAGAAGCAUGAUCCUGCUGGAGGAGGUGAAUCUUGAUCCAGAUCUAUUCUGGUUUUCUCAUUGCGUCAAUCCAGCUCUAGAGUGUGACGUGGUACGCACUCCUCCUGGUCCCUUCAAUCCUGGCGCUGAAACCAAGCUAGAAGUGAAAGAAGACGCUCAUAAGAAAACCGUUUUCAAUGAGGCUCAUGGACAGGCACAGGCAAGUUGUAAUAGUGACUUUAGUACGCAGCAACAGCACUUUUUACACAUGGAAGUAGAAGCAAAGCCGACAUCACUUAAAAGAAAAAGGGAAGACUCACCUGAAAACUCCCCAUGUCUUUGUUUGGAGUGUCCCAGAUGCCGAAUACCCGUAAGAGAAUCAGCGCAAGCGCAAGACCGGAAGCCUCGAGCACCAGUAUUAAAGCGGGUUCCUUACCCUCGGACGAUAUGCGACCACACAUCUUUAACACGAAACAAUAAAUCGAUAUCGAACAACAUCAACGUUCACCUCGCGUACGAACGCAGACAUCUCGUCUGCAUGCAGUGUGACAAAUGUGACUUUUUCGUAUCGCUGCCAACGCAGAAAAUCGCCGCCUUGCCACAGCACCUGCUUCCCCCACGACAGUAUUCAACGGAAGCGACGUCUGCACCAGAUGAAAGGCUUGUCGAAAGAGGUGAUCAUCCGUAUAUCAUCGUUGGCAGAACGGUGGAGCAUCAUGACUCACACACGAGUGCGGCCGCGAACAAAAACAACAACAACAACAAGAACUACUGCAUGUUGUAUGAAAAGGUCCGGGUGCACCGCUCCCGGUACUGUUCGGGCUGUGCUAUUGAUCCUCAACGGGGGCCCAGGCCCAUCGUGGGGCUAUGCUACUCCUCACGAUCUCAAAAAAAUUUGCAUUUCUGCGAAAGGUGUUUCUUGCGGUGCGUGCAACCUUCGGCGCGAAUGCAGUAUUUUGUCUAUGGCGAGGACGCCAGUUACGAAAUCAAGGCUGCCUAUGGACAUGGACAUCAUGUCGGAGACGAGGAGAAUGAAAAGCCGCGGUGUCCAUUCUGCAGCUGCGCGGACCCUAAGAUCGUCCGAGCGCCAAGAAAAAAGCUGUCCUUCCCGCGCGUGGAAGUCGAGUUAGGAUAUCAAGUCCCUCGAAUCUGCAUGGAUUGUAAUAAGAAUUGGUUUGCCAAGGCUGAAGAUUGGUCUCUCUGCUCGGAUGAAUACAGGGAAAAUUGGCAGGGUGUCGUCUUUUACUUCCCCACGAAAAAAAUGGGUUGUCUGGUUCCCGCAGCCUGCCUGCCCCAGGGAAGGCAAGACGCGCUUCGAAAUGUGGCCAAAAUCGAUGGUUAUGGAGACAAGUUAGACAGGGAAGCAUCAAGAUUUGCUUGAAGACAAGUUAGACGGGGAAGCAUCAAGAUUUUGCCAUGGCUACAUCGCCCCCCAGGAAAGCUUGCGGAAUUGAGUAUCGAAUUUUGCAAGAGUCUCCUCGGAGAGGGUCACUGUGAUCCGAGCGUCAGUGACGAAGCUUUUUUUUUCCGCGACAGAAAUAUAAUCAAUUAUUGAUACCUAGCUGUUCGUUGAUGUUGGCUUUGUGUGGAGGGAUGAGCGUAUCAAUCAUGGUUUCGUUUCUGCUUCAGAUUCUGUAGUUCUCUUUCUGUUUCCAUGCUACUUGGGACAAGAAAUAAUGUACAAUAAUUUAUUAAUCUUCUAUCAGGCAGCUUUAGUUCUUGUUUCCUGCUUGGUGUCGUGGUGUAAUAAACUACUCAUCUGUUGUAACUUCUAGGUCGUAGGUGCAGCGUUGGCAGAAUUGGUUAGAUUAGAUUACUAGAUAUAGACUCCUACUCCUUCUCCAACAUCUGAACGAAGUGGGUUUAGGGACCACGAACCCUCAAACUGUGUACCAGGAUAGCACUUAUUUCUCACAUCUCCUAAUAUAUUUUUCGACGAUGUUCUCUUACGGCGCACGACUCGCAACGAGAUGAACAGCACAGUGAAGUAGUAGAGGAAAAACGAGAAGGUCCUCCUCCUCCUGAUCCUG